AUGAUUGCUCCCGAAGAACAUCCAGAAGUGAUAAGACCGCUAGUACUUGAGAAGCAGCGCAGUGCAGCAUCUGAGGGUCUCAGCGAGCGCGACAAGCUCACAUGGUGUUGCCGCACUGUUGCAUCCCACAGCUUACCUGAUCUGAUAUCCCAGGAACAAAUGCAUCUCACCUACCAUGCCUAUGAUAUUGGCGCCAAUGGCCCCGUGAAGUACUUGUGUCGUGUCAAAAGCUAUUUUAUCUUCUUCCCGACCGUUAUUUCCUGGGCUAGCGACUUUUUACGGACGACGUAUCACAAUGUUUGA